GAGUUCUUGACAGUCCUGUCUUAGGAUUCCGAUAUUAAUGAAACAUCUUUGCAAAGGGUUGAAGUGUCUUCCUGAAUCGUAAACUCAUUAAUGAAGCAUGCAGGCCUGUGUUGAACAAGACAAGCUGGGUCAAGCCUUUGAAGAUGCUUUUGAGGUCCUGAGGCAACAUUCAACCGGAGAUCUUCCGUACUCCCCAGAUUACAAAAAUUACCUGGCGUUCAUCAACCACUGCUCUCAUAUCAGAGGGAAUUCCAACUGCUAUGGUAUGCUGCCUGCAGAGGAACCUGUCUAUAAUUGGAGAACAGUAAUAAACAGUGCUGCGGACCUCUAUUUUGAAGGAAAUAUUCAUCAAUCUCUGCCCAACAUCCCUGAAAACCAGCUGGUACAACCUGCUGUUCUCCAUCAAAAGGGAGGAAAAGGCAGGAAGAAGCUUCGACUGUUCGAAUACCUUCAUGAAUCCCUGUGUAAUCCUGAGAUGGCAUCUUGUAUUCAGUGGGUAGAUAAAACCAAAGGCAUCUUUCAGUUUAUGUCAAAAAACAAAGAAAAACUUGCCCAACUUUGGGGGAAAAGAAAAGGUAACCGGAAGACCAUGACUUACCAGAAAAUGGCCAGAGCACUGAGGAAUUAUGGAAGAACUGGGGAAAUCACGAAAAUCCGGAGAAAACUAACUUACCAGUUCAGUGAAGCUAUUCUCCAAAGACUCUCGCCAUCUUAUUUCUUAGAAAAAGAGAUCUUCUACUCACCAUAUGUUCAGCCAGAGCAAGGGUUUCUCAGCCUCAGUAACUGGAAUGCAAAUUAUAAUUGUACAUAUGCUGAUUACCAUGAGUUAAGCCACCCUGACUGCUAAGUUUUCUCUUACAUUUCAUGAUUUCCUGACAUCCCUACCAACCUGAAAUCUCUACCAAUUUCAGGAUUUUUCUCUUAAAGCAAACACUGAAAAGGAAGAAACAAUUAACUUCAUUGUUUCUUUUAAAUAACAUAUAAUCUCUAUAGUCAUGAUGAAAAAAAAAUCUGCCAGUAAACAGAUUUAAGUUUAAAUGGCCAAGUCCCAUUUGAAAGCAUAGACUAAAUGUCCUUGCUCUUACUUUUGUCUAUGCAAUUCUUCUAGAUAAACAAUGCUAGUAGAGAUGAUUUGACUCAUUGAUUUAAACAUUGUUUUCCUGUCAUACACUCAAGCCAAAAAAAAAAUCACUUGUAAUAUAUAUCUGAUGGCUUUAGUGGCAAAAUAAAAUAAUUGCAUAUAAUAGUCUUCAUGCUAAAAUAUACUCAUGACUUUAAAAACUAUAUAUUUUUUCUGCACUUCAGACUUUAUGUGGCACUAAAGAAAUGAUCUAAGGAUCUAAGGAAACUGCCAUCUACCUUAAUGAUAGUAGAACACCAAAGCUUACACUUCCCACAAAUCAUUUCCUGGCGUUUCUCCCCUAAGGUAGAUCCAGGAGCUAACAUUUCUUGUUAUCCUGCCACUCAGCCACAAGGAGGUGAUCUUGCCUUGUCAUCUUUCUGGAUCAACUUUGAAACAUGACCUCCUCUUUGAAUUAGCCCAGCUAAGACCCGACUGGAACAAUUGGACAAAAAGAAAAGAAAAAAAAAAGACUUGUUAAA